AUGAAGCCGAUCAUCUCGCCGUUAAAUAUCGCCAAGUCGAACUACAAUAUAUCUGCGGUGACGACAUUCGACCCGAAGUCGACCACCUCCCGUUAUUACUCGAACCCCGGCCGGUCUGAAACCACGCCGCCGAUGACGCCGCACACUACAGACACCAUAAUGGAACAACCAGAACUGGAACCUGCGGACGAACCUCCGCGCGCCGUCUUCCAUAAUUAUCUCCGAGCGUUCUAUCCAUUCCACCCCGCCGGCGACGUCUCGCCCUCGACCGUCACUCUUCCUCUGGAUCAGGGAGAUAUCAUCUUGGUCCACUCUGUUCACACCAAUGGCUGGGCCGACGGUACACUAUUAGAUUCUGGGAAUCGGGGCUGGCUACCAACCAACUACUGUGAAGCUUAUGAUCAAUUACCUAUGCGUCCUCUCUUGAAAGCAUUGACUGAUUUCUGGGAUAUCAUUCGCGGAGGAUGUGGUUCAUCAUUAAAAGAUUUCGGCAAUCAGGAUCUCAUGCGAGGUCCAAUUGCUGGUAGGUACGAUGGACUUCGGAGGAUCCGAAAGGCCCUGCUUUCGGACUUGUCUUCACUGGUGAAGGCUGCCAAGCGAUUUCAAGAAGUUGCUAACGGCGGUAAUCCCGCUGAAGACGAGGUCGAGUCUAUCCUAGAUGAGAUGCUGCUCAAGGCCUUUAAGAUUGUCACCCGUGGUGUCCGUUUCCUUGAUGUCUGGAAUGAAGAGGUGGGAUUGAGCCGCACGAUUGCCGAACUUGAAGCUGCUGGUGGUGGAGUUGGGGCACACAAGUUGCCGCCCACGCCUUCGUCCGAGACCUUCAACGACGCAGACAGCAUGGCGAUUGAUCAGGUGACCGAGCGCAAUGAAUCUCAACAAACCACUCGCGGCCGUUUGGAUACUAGCCGCCUAUCGGAUCACCCACCCCGACCUAUCUCGGUCACGACUAAGAGAAUUUCAGUGUCUCACCGCGUUUCUUACUCCGGUCCUUCGGCUGCCAUCCGUACCCAGAACCUUGCAUCAGAGCGCUUCAGGGACGACCUACGAUGCCUUCCUCGGCGUCCUGGGAUCUUUCAUUGGCCUGCACAUGCAGUCUCGCUCCUCAACCGAGCUGGUCGUGACUACUCAGCAAGCUGUCCACGCAACACCUUUCUUGAACAGACUCGGGAUGUCAUGUGUGACAAGCUCGACGAGUUGGUUCAUGCUGCCCGCGAUGUGUUUCGUCCGGCUCACCUGCAGGACGACGACCUGGUCUUCAUGCCUGACGGGGGAAGCGCCUGGUUGAUGCUGCAACGGACUGUGUCCGCGCCGCUGGAGGAUGAAGCGAAGAGAAACCUCAAGAGCUGUCAUUGCGCCUGCCUCCACCCCCCCCUCACUAUUCCAAACACAACUUACUCCCCCUCUACCCCUGGCCUCACCGACGCCUCUACUCCUGCCUCUUUCCAAUCCCACAUUCCGUCUACCGCCACAUCUGCUAUCUCUUCUCUCCCCAAUUCCGCAGUCCUUCCUACACACCUAGAGCAGAUGUCUUCUUUCUCUUCUUACGACAGCAACUACCAUGAAAGCCAAUCCAAGUCGGACGUCAGUGAGUCUUUCGGCCGAGGUGUCACAAGCACGGGUAGCAGCUUCACCUACAACCACACUCGUGAUUCCGAGAUGAGCGGUGUUUCUCAAACCUCCACUCGCGCCACCUCUCCUGACAUUGGCAACAGCUUCCAUGCACCGUCCCUCAAGGAGAGCUUGAGUUACUCGACUCUGGCCGAGGAGAAUGAGGAGACCGAAGCCAACAUCCUGGAAAAGACUUACGCUCAUGAGCUUAUCUACAAGGAGGGUCAUGUCAUGGGCGGCAGCUUGCGCGCGUUGAUUGAGAAGCUCACCGCUCACCAGUCAACCCCUGAUGCUCUGUUCGUCUCCACCUUCUAUCUUACCUUCCGCCUCUUUGCGUCUCCUCUGGAAUUUGCCCAGGCCCUCGCCGAGCGCUUUGAAUAUGUGGGGGACACCCCUCAUGCUGCAGGCCCGGUGCGCCUGCGUGUGUACAACAUCUUCAAGGGCUGGCUCGAGUCCCAUUGGCGACACGACAGAGACAACACCGCGUUGGACUUCAUUGUCGAGUUUGCCAAGGGCAAGCUGUCAGCCACCCUGCCCACCCCCGGCAAACGCCUGCUUGAUCUAGCUGAGAAGGUCUCUGCAGUUGGUGGACCUCUGGUACCUCGUCUGGUGUCAUCCAUGGGCAAGACCAACACAUCCAUCGCUCAAUACGUUCACCCCGAUACCCCUCUCCCUGCUCCCAUCCUCGGAAAGAAGGAGUUGAACUUGUUGAAGCAGUGGAAGAACGGUGAAGCGUCCAUCACCAUCUUGGACUUUGAUCCUUUGGAGUUGGCCCGGCAAUUGACGAUUAAGGAGUCCCGCAUCUUCUGCUCCAUCCUCCCCGAGGAGCUCCUCGAUACCGAAUGGACUCGCAAGUCAGGAUCACUGGCAGUGAACGUCCGCGCUAUGUCGACCUUGUCGACUGACCUAGCACACCUGGUCGCGGAUUCCAUCCUGUGUCUCGAGGAGCCCAAGCGCCGUGCACAAACCAUCAAGCACUGGGUCAAGAUCGCCAACAAGUGUUUGGAGCUGAACAACUACGACUCUCUCAUGGCGAUCAUCUGCUCGCUGAAUCUGUCCAUGAUCUCUCGGCUUAAGCGGACCUGGGACAUCGUCUCCCAGAAGACCAAGAUUGCUCUGGAGCAACUCCGCGGCAUUGUCGAUGUUUCCCGCAACUACGCGGUCCUGCGACAACGUCUUCAGAACCACGUUCCUCCUUGUCUCCCAUUUGUCGGCACCUACCUGACCGAUCUCACCUUUGUGGACCAUGGCAACCAGUCUCUCCGCACUCUGCCUACGGAAGACGGCGAAAUGGCCGUCAUCAAUUUCGACAAACACAUGAAGACGGCGAGGAUCAUCAGCGAGCUCCAGCGCUUCCAGAUCCCCUACCGUUUGACCGAGGUGCCCGAACUGCAGACCUGGAUGCAAAAUGAACUGGUUCGUGUUCGCUCUAAUGGCGAGCUGACCGCGCAGACCUUCUAUCGUCGAUCUCUCGUUCUCGAGCCUCGCGAGGCCUGCCGCAGCGGCGGCAACUUGAAUGCCGAAUCCAACCCUCCUCCCUCCAUCCUUGACAACGCCAAGGAUAAAUUCGACUUCCUCUCCCGAACACACCCGUCCAAGCCCAAGUCCGUUCCGACUAAUGGCUAA